GAGCGAGCGGUGGCCAAGGUCACAGGACUCCCGCGGAGCCCGCUGCGGGUGCUUGGUCCCAGCUGUCAGCGAGCGCGCACACAUUAGCCGCUCGCCCAGGGUAAACAGAGGCAGGUGUGUGGGCGGGGCGCGGCGGGGGCUCUGCCUCCGGCACCACCUCUGGCCGCGGGCGCGCGCGCGGGCGGCCGUCGGGGUGCUCGGAGAGCGCGCUGGGCCAGGCGCGGGGCGUGGGGCGUGUCUGGGCUGAGCGCGCUUGGGGACAGCCGUCGGGGCGCACUGAGCGGGCGCGGGGUCUGGAGCGGGAUUGGGCGGGGGACUGGGGCUCGGGGCCGGGGCGCAGAGAGCGGGCGCGGUGUCCGGUGCGGGGUUGGGGCACGGAGCCGGGGCGCGGGACUGGGCGCAGGGCGGGGCGCACGGAGCGGGUGCGGGUUCUGGCGCGGAGCCGGAGAGCGGGGCCGGGCGCACGGAGCGGGAGCGGGAGUGGGCGCGGGACGGGGCGCACGGAGCAGCUGCGGGAUCCGGCGCGGAGCCGGGGCGCACGGAGCGGGCGCGGGCCGGGGCGUGGGGCUGGAGCUUGGGGCUGGGGCGUGGGACCGGGGCGCACGGAGCGGGCGCGGGCCGGGGCGUGGGGCUGGGGCGCGGGGUUGGGGCUUGGGGCCGGGGCGCACGGAGCGGGCGCGGGCCGGGGCUUGGGGCCGGGGCGCACGGAGCGGGCGCGGGAAGGGGCUUGGGGCCGGGGGCGCACCAAACGGUCGCGGGCCGGGGCUUGGGGCCGGGGCGCACGGAGCGGGCGCGGGGCCAUGAGGAAGCAGAGCGUGCGCACGGCCGCGCUGGUCCUCUGCAUCCUGUCCUACCUGCUGGUGGGCGCCGCCGUGUUCGACGCACUGGAGUCGGAGGCGGAGAGCGGCCGGCAGCGGCUGCUGGCGCAGAAGCGGGGCGAGCUCCGCAGCAAGUACGGCUUCUCGCCCGAGGACGACCGCGAGCUGGAGCGCCUGGCGCGCCAGGCCGAGCCGCACCGCGCCGGCCGCCAGUGGAAGUUCGCCGGCUCCUUCUACUUCGCUAUCACCGUCAUCACCACCAUCGGGUACGGCCACGCGGCGCCGGGCACCGACUCGGGCAAGGUCUUCUGCAUGUUCUACGCGCUGCUGGGCAUCCCCCUGACGCUGGUCACCUUCCAGAGCCUGGGCGAGCGGCUGAACGCGCUGGUGCGGCGCCUCCUGCUGGCGGCCAAGCGCGGCCUGGGCCUGCCGCGGCCGCGCGUGUCCACGGAGAACAUGGUGGUGGCCGGGCUGCUGGGCUGUGCGGCCACGCUGGCCCUGGGCGCCGCGGCCUUCGCGCACUUCGAGGGCUGGACCUUCUUCCACGCCUACUACUACUGCUUCAUCACGCUCACCACCAUCGGCUUCGGCGACUUCGUGGCGCUGCAGAGCGGCGAGGCGCUGCAGCGCCGGCCGCCCUACGUGGCCUUCAGCUUCCUCUACAUCCUGCUGGGGCUCACGGUCAUCGGCGCCUUCCUCAACCUCGUGGUCCUGCGCUUCCUGGCGGCCAGCGCCGACAGCCCCGCGCGCGCCCCCGGCCCGGGCCCCCGCGCGCGGCCGUCCCCGUCCCUCUCCUACCGCGUCCAGCAGCUGGAGCUGGGGGCCCGCGACAACCCGGGCUUCUCGCCCCCCGCGAGCCCGAAGCGCGCGCGUGGGGGCCGGCGCUGCGGGCCCCGCGCCAGGCGGAAGUCCAUCUGACCGCCGCACAGUGGACACCUGUCCCUGAGCCUGCAGAGGGCUGCCGGCGGGUCCCUGCAGAGCCAGGUCCCGCCCCCACCCCCUUGUCACCCAGCCCCAGCGGAGGCUCUUCGGGGCGGUGUUUCUGCGGCUGGAGCGGGGGGUAGGUUUUUCCGGGUGGUCCCGGAAAGCCUCCGGUGCGAUCCUGAAGCCCCCUCAACAGGAUCUGGAGGGGUCAGCCAGAGGGAGCAGGGGAGCCGGCAGCUGGGGGUGAGGCACACCCACAGCCCCCCAAAACGGCUGCUCUGUCCUUGCCAGUCCCUUUUGGGGGACC